CAACAUUAAUAUCAAAUUAAUCUUUGUAAAAUUGCAGUUUCAAGUAAAGUUGCAACAAUGGUCACCAAUCAAGUGGUUUUCUUCUUUCUCUUCAUACAUUUUUUCAUAAAAGGACACUGUAAAAUGUAUCUGGUUGAGACUGGACCUAAACCUGAACCUAGUCCUGCCACACCAGCAGUUCCUCCUGGACCUAAACCUGAACCUAGCCCUGCCACCCCAGUAGUUCCUCCUGGUCAAGAUUACAGCAGUUUUACGUAUGUCCUAGAAAACUGUGAUGCCAGGGAAAAGGGUUGUAGAAUUGAUUUUUUGGAAUGCAUUGACAACAGAUGUAAAGGAAAAGGACAAUUAGGAGUUUUGGAAGAACAUGAUUUAAUGAAGCUUUUACAAAACGUAAUCUAUAAACAUAAAGAUCUAGGACUGGACAUUUAAUAUUCAACCUUUUAAAAGGCAUCUGUUUAUAUUUUGUUCAAUAAUACAAUAAAAUCAAAAUUUAGA